CGGCUGCCACACAGUUCGUAUCACGCGUCGCUGCCGAGAGUGCACGCAUACCAACUCGAAAAGUAACGUCGUCGCUGUACGCGUAACUGGACACAUAUAGCUUCAUUAAGGAUUUUAUUAAAGUUAUUAUUUGGAAAACGCAGUAGUAUUAGGGGUGAUGUUAGAAUUUUACUGAACAAAAUGAACGAUUCGGAGUCACAGUAACUUCAAGCUAUUAAGAAUUAUAAGUGUAAUUGAUAUAUAUUUAUAUAAAAAUAAAAAAGAUGUCAAAUAUCGAGGCUAACAAUAAUAUGAAAGGAACAGAAUCUAAUUAUAAAUUGGAUAAUGAAAGAAAAGACAUCGAAAAAGGGAAAAUUGGAACAAAUGAUAGAAGUUUACCCUGGGUACACAUAAUAGUGAUGGUGUUUGCUUUAGCCGUCCUGGUGGCGGCGAGUGCAGUUGCCUGGGUGUUCUUCAGCUGGCAGAUAAGCCUCAUUGUGUUUGCGGUCAUAGGAUCCGUAUACAUAAUAAUAUAUUUUUCAAAUUGGCUAUGGGUCGCCAUACAAACAGCUCCUAGAGAUUUCAAGGCUCUCUACUGUUAUAUAAAAAUUUUAAGAUUAACGAGUCAAUUUACAAAGAAAAAUUGGUCCAUGCCAGAUAUUUUCCACGAAACAGUUAAAAGACAUCCGAAAAAAGUAUGCUUCUUAUUUGAAGACGAGUCAUGGACAUUUCAACAGGUGGAAGAGUAUAGUCUUCGCGUUUCAGCAGUACUUCGAGCACAAGGUGUGAAGCGUGGCGACACUGUCGCAGUUAUGGCUAGCAAUUACCCCGAGAUGCCUGCCAUCUGGCUUGGUAUAGCUCGCAUUGGUGGUAUUUCUCCUCUUAUAAACACCCAUCAAACGGGCAAUACAUUGCUCCAUUCAAUAAACAUUGCCAAAUGUGACUUUGUAAUUUACGGCAGUGAGUUCGAAUCUGCUAUUCAAGAUAUAAGAAAAGAAAUAAAUGACUCAAUCAAACUCUUAAAGUUCACACGCCGUCCAUUAAACACAUCGGAUAGCGCUGUGACAGAAGUUGGCUCCGAAAAUGAUUUGACGCACUUACUGGAGUCUACACCACCAGCGCAAUGGUCGAAUUCCGAGGGUGAAGGCUUCAUUGGUAGACUGCUCUACAUCUACACGUCUGGUACAACAGGAUUACCGAAAGCGGCUGUUAUAUCUCCAUCUAGAAUGGUUUUCAUGGCGUCAGGUGUUCAUUACUUAGGAGGAUUAAAUUCUAAGGAUGUUAUUUACUGUCCGAUGCCACUUUACCACUCAGCUGGUGGUGUUAUCACAAUGGGAAAUGCUUUUAUCUUCGGAUGCACUGUCGCGUUAAAGUUAAAGUUCUCCGCUUCAGCGUACUUCCCAGACUGCAUUAAAUAUAACGCGACGGCGGCGCACUACAUCGGUGAAAUGUGCCGCUAUGUGCUUGCCACGCCACCCUCUCCCACUGACAAGCAGCACAAAGUGCGCACCGUGUACGGAAACGGCAUGCGACCAACGAUAUGGACUGACUUCGUAAACCGUUUCGCUAUAAAGAGGGUUGUCGAAUUUUAUGGUGCAACAGAAGGAAACGCAAAUAUAGUCAAUGUUAACAACAAAACUGGAGCCAUAGGGUUCGUAUCAAGAAUUAUUCCUGCAGUCUACCCUAUCGCCAUUAUUAAAGUGAACGAAGACACAGGAGAACCGAUAAGAGACGCACGAGGCCUCUGUCAGCUGGCACAACCACAUGAACCUGGUGUAUUUAUUGGUAAAAUAAAACCAAAUAAUCCUUCACGCGCAUUCCUUGGCUACGUGGAUAAAGAAGCUUCUGAGAAGAAAAUCGUAAGAGAUGUCUUUAACCACGGAGACUCAGCUUUCAUAUCAGGGGACAUUUUAGUAGCUGAUGAGCUCGGCUACUUAUACUUCCGCGACCGCACUGGAGACACGUUUCGAUGGCGUGGAGAGAACGUCAGCACCACUGAAGUGGAGGCUGCCAUUUCCAGGGUCGCUGACCAACGAGAUGCUGUUGUAUAUGGGGUGGAAAUACCUAAUAUAGAAGGGCGAGCGGGUAUGUGCGGUAUAGUGGACAAGGAUGGUAGUUUAGACUUGGACAAGUUGGCCAAAGACGUAGCCAAAGACCUCCCCAAAUACGCUAGACCUGUAUUCAUAAGAAUUAUGUCAGCCAUGGAUAUGACUGCUACAUUCAAACUUCGUAAGGUCGAUUUACAGAAAGAAGGGUAUGACCCUAAUGUCAUCAAAGACAAACUUUAUUACUUCGAUACAAAAUUAGACAAAUAUAUUAGUUUAAGUACUGAAGAAUAUGACAAAAUUAUAUCAGGACAAAUAAGACUGUGAUUUUAUACUUCAUUUUUAUGUAUGAAGUGCCUUUUGUGUUGUGAAACAAUAGCUAAAUAAUAAUUUUAUUUUUAAUAAUAUAAAUGAAAUACAUUAUUCAUAAGAAUUGACUGAUAAUAUUGUUUUGGGGUAGGUAUUUAUUAAAUAAUUAAAUUAACUAUUGCAUAAAAAUAAAUGUAAAUUAUUGUAGUAAGUAAUUAGUAUUUCGCUGUUGCGUGUAUCAUAUUUUUUU